GAAUGCCUCAUCCUUUUCCCUUUGCUGUCCGACCUGGAGGAGAUGCUGCCAUUCAGCUCCAUUCAUCUGAAGGACUGAAAUAACCUGCUGACCUCCUCUGUGUCUGACUAACCUCACAUUGUUGUGAGCUCUGGCUCUGACUGAGAGAACCGAACCGGAUCUCCUGCUUUGCUGGUAUUCUCCGGACCAGCCUCUUCUCACCACUAUUGGACAUUUUGUUUCGAGCUGUGUUUAUCUUCCUUUUCCUGUUCCAACUAAUCUGGAACCCCAUUUACUGUGCAUUAUCCUAUCCGUUUUCUUCAACUGUUUCCAUAACCAGUUAUCCCAAUAGGUGUUCUGGUUUUCCUUAAUUCAUAAACCUGGUCUACAGGUGACCAGAGUUUACUUUCUCUCUUUUCUUUACAAACCUGGGUAUUGGCAACCAGUGUUUACUGUCUCUCUUCUGACCUGUGUUUCCACUAGAAAUUCUUCAAAAUUGUUUCUGGCAUUCAAGUUUUUCACAAAUGGUUUCUGGAAUUCAAGUUUUCACAAAUGGUUUCAUGGCACUAGUCUCUUUUGAGACCCCCUGUUUUCAUGGCACUAGUCUCUUUUGAGACCCCCUGUUUUCAUGGCACUAGUCUCUUUUGAGACUCCCUGAUUUCAUUGCAAAAAAAUAUCAAUAUCAAGUGAACAAGUGCUUGAUUGGGGUUUUCAUAUUACCCUGCAACUUUCUAAACUGUUCGAGACCUCGAGAGAUUCCUGCUCCACUGCUUUGGCUGAGGUACUGUAUGCUGUGGAUUUACCAAAGGUUUGUUGUUCCUGCUGAAAUAAAAGCACAUUGAAAUAAAAGGAGACAAGUGUGUCUGUUUACUCUUUGACCUGAUCAGAAUCAGUCUACCCCAGACAUAUAAUUCAUUCCAUUGAUCAGAAUCUGAGAAUUUGACAGUUUCAUCAAUCUACUGGUUAUUUUUGCUAGUUUUAUUAUAAGAUAUUCCUGUGUAAUAAUUUCUUUAAAUCUUAAUUUUUUAAAGAAACGUAAUAUACCGAAUUUUGACUUUCUGACAGCUGCAGAAGCCAGUUAAAGCUGGGUUUCCUGUAAAAUUUAUUACUAAAACAAUUCACUGUCAGCUUGUGGUUUUUUUUUUUUUUACAUUAUUUUAGAGCAGAGUGUAUACAUUGGUUAACUAAGAAAAAAAUAGAUAUUGGUCAAGUCUUGAUAUUGCAUCAAAAGAUAUCUGAGGCAAGUUUAAAAUUCCAAGUUUGUGUAUUUUAUAAGCUCAGCAGUUCUAGGGUAACAACCUGACCAGAAGUGGACUCCAGCUACCAGAAGCGUCUCCUGCUGCGUUCCUGAUCUUCAUUAGAACAUUUGAAGUAGUGUUUUCCACCUAUAUUAAUAUAUUUUUGUGUGAAAGUAAAGGCUAACUGUAAAUCCAGAAAGUGCAUUGGGCUCAUUUGUUUUCAGCACAUUUCUGGAUACGUUUCUUUUUUAAUACAAGCUAUAGUUCAGUAAUAUUAAAAUAUAAAAAUCUGGUUUUGCAUUUGUAAAAAGGUUUUUUUUUUUAAGUUAAGGUUUUACGGACUGGUAACUAAACCAAAGAUUUAAUAUUGUAAGAGUGGUGAACUUAACCAUUUCGUUGGAGAGAUUUUUUCAGACUGUUCUUUAAAGUAGGUCUGACAUCAGUUCUACAGUGUUGAUAGUUUAUUCUGACCUAAAAGAUACUGAUAUUUUAAAACUGUAGUUAAAAGUGAUUGUAUAGUGUGUUGGUGUAUUGAAACAUUUACAGGUAAGCGUUGAGGUUUUGACAGUAACAAUGCCUCGAAAGAAUCAGCGCUCUCAGGCUCAGAAGCUCAGAUGGAAGGAGAAAGAGAGUCAAAGUAAACAAAUAGAAAAUAGCAGCUCUCAGGACAACCUGGUGUUUGAGAAGGUAUCGUGUGCCGAUGUAAAUGGAGGACCUCACAGUGAUGUAGAGUGUUCAGCUGGACAGCAGGUAAACUGCAGUGAUGUAGCACCUUCUGAUGAGAGCAUUGUCACAAAAGCUUUACAGAAUGAUGCAAAACAGGUUAAGCGGAAGGUUUCACAGGUGUCUUAUGCUGAUGUGGUGAAAAAAGCACGUGUUGAUGCUGGAAAGUCUCAUGAACAUCAAGUAAAUGUACCUCAGCCGUCAGAAACGCAUGUCUGUGCCUCACGCAGUCAGGCUUCAUUCAAAUAUGGGAAAUCCAGGAACAGCCAGUGUGUUGCAAACAGUUUGGUAUUUCUAGCAUUUCUUCAUGAGAAUGAAAACAUUGGCAGACUAGAUCUUGACCUAGUUUUGGAUAAAGGGGAUGUUGUGUACAGACAAGCUCUACAAAGGUUUCCUAAGAGCGUCCACUUGGCAACCGAUGAACUCCCACAUGAAGUAAUUGCACGCCGUGCAAAGUACCAGGUGGACAUGAUGCAGGCUCCUGUGUGUGGAAGCUUUGGAGGUGGAGCACGUUAUCAGAGUCUGGAACAAGCACUGCGCCGUUUGUCAUCAGGUAUACAGUAUGGGCUGCUGAUCAUGUCAGCGUUAUGCAUUGCUGUUUUCAGAAGCAGGUCUGGUCAGUAUGGAUUCUUUGACCCACACACAAGGAACAAGCAUGGAUUGCCAAGAUCCAGUGUGUGUGAGUUUGGUACUGCUGUGAUGCUGAAAUUCACCAAUUUGAGUGACAUGAUUCAGAGGAUAUCAUUGAUCUUCACAACGCUUGGCAUAAAUUUGUCAUGUCCUUUUGAACUGCAGCCCCUGUCAUUUUAUAGUGUAAAUGCAUGCAACCAGAGAAAUGUUUCAGACCCAGUAGGUACUUCCCGGCCAAAUGAAGAUAUCAUUGAACCAGACACACAAACAUCUGGCAAUCAGCGUGGCAACAUUUUACCAGAAAGGUCAGAUGGAACAGAUGCUGUUCCACAAAGAGCUGAAUCAAAAUACCUUAAACAUAAUUUCCCUGGACAUGAUUCAAAUUCCUCUACUGACGUUAUGAACCCUGUUGUAAGUGCUCUUUCAGAUGAUGUAAUCCAAGAUGUUUCUGAUAAGAUCAAAUUUAUGUCACCUGCAACACAAGAAAAUAUGGCAUUCCCUACUACAAGUGGAGAGAAAAAAGAAACUAGUGCUUUUCAAGAAAUCUCUUCUAAACUGUCAAAGUAUAAUAAAAAAGAAAGAAAGAGAAAAAUGAGACAAACUGUGACAGAAAAACAAAGCAAACGAAGAGAGAAUCAAAAAAAGAAAGAAAGAGAAAACUAUGCUUCUAACGAAAGCUACAGAGCAAAGAAAAGAUCUUACUCAAGCAGUUAUCAAAACCACCCUGAUAAUAAGCUUAAGCUAAACCUGUACACAAGAAAAAAAUAUAGAGAGAAUGCUGAGUUUAGAGAGAAACAGAAAUCAUAUAUUAAAAAGUCAUACAAGGACAAUCCAACAUUUAGAGAAAGACAAAAGGACUACAUCAAGAGAUCAUAUAAGCAAAAUGAGACAUUUAGAGAAAGACAAAAAAUAUAUAUUACAGAUUCCUACAAGAAUAAUCCAACAUUUAGACAGAGACAAAGAUGUUAUAUUACUGAGAUGUAUUCCAAAAACACAGAAUUCAGGCUGAAGCACAAACAGCUGAUGAAAAAACGAAUGAAAGAGAUUUACCAUAACAAUUUUCGCUACCAGAGGAGGCAUAACAUCAGAUGUGCAAUGAACAUUAAAGGAAAAUACAGACAAAUGAAAAGAUACCAUCAGAGAGAAACAGAAAACAAAGAAACACAUAUUCUACAAAAUGUGACACCUGAGAUCAGACUGAUCAAUGAAGCCAUUUCAGUUUUUAGAUUGAACAUAAAAGCUGGUCCCACUUAUGUCUGCACUGUGUGUCACAAGUCUUCAUUCCCUAAUCAAGUCAAACUCUGUACAAGGUCAAAUUAUGUUAAGAAACCAGAUGUGGUAAGACAGUGUCUCACAGGAAAGUAUGUCCAUAUUUGUAAUGAGGGCUGCAGAAAUGAACAGUGCGCAUUUCCUGAUGAGAGAAAGAAAGAGUGGAUUUGUCACACCUGCCACAAACAUCUGAAGAAAGGAUGCAUGCCACGCCUAGCAGCAGCGAACAAAUUAUGGUUGGCAGAGAUUCCCUGUGUUCUUUCAGAUUUAAAUAUCCUAGAAAGGCACCUUAUUUCCAAAGUUAUACCAUUUGCUAAGAUAGUCCCUCUCCCAAGGGGUAGACAACGACUGAUAAGAGGAAACGUUGUGUGUGUUCCAUCAGAGGUUGAAGAAACUGUUCAUGCUUUACCCAGACUGAGGAGCGAGUCUCAGGUGUUGCGAGUGAAGUUAAAGCGGCGUUUGUGUUUUAGAGGUCAUUCAGUUUUUCAGACAGUACAGUGGCCCAAGCUAAUCUCUGCGUUACUGAAACUGAAGCGGAUUCAUCCAGAGUAUAAAGACAUAACUAUCAGGGAUGAAGCUGAGCUAUGUGACCCCACACUUCCUGAUGAUGAGGAUGAUGACAGUGAUGUAAGCAUGGAGGAUGAUGACUAUGGUGAGGAAGAGCUAAUGGAAAUUGACAUUUUUGAGAGAAAUGCUCAGUGUGAGAGAGAAAAUGAGCCUGAAAGUGAUCAGGACAGUGGAUGUGAGCAACCACAACAACAGCAAAAUGAUGGAGAAGAGGGAGAUAUGCCCAAUGGAGGAUUUGCUCUAGAAUCAUGCCUUCAGCCUCUUGACAUAUCGGAAGAAAUUCUCUGUUUCUCUGAUGGUGCUUAUUGUGUGGCCCCUGCAGAAAGAAAUAAUCCAGUCAGUUUUUUCAAGACCCCAAAUUUGGAAUCAAUGUCAUUUCCCGUACAGUUUCCAACUGGUGAGAAUACUUUAGACCAAAAGAGACCUCUUAAAGUCACACCAAGUGGAUAUUUUAAGUCUCGUCUUUUUCAUACAGAUGAUCGGUUUGCCAGAGACCCAAACUACUUGUUCUUUGCACAGUUUGUGACAGAGGUAAAUCUGGCUAACAAUAGCAUGACCAUACAGCUAAGAAAAGGUAAAACUAAGACCAGAGAUGGGCGCAGAAUAACCUCAAGCAUGUUACAGGACAAACACGAGGUUGAGAAACUGGUGAGAAAUAAAGAUGCAGUCAGAUUCAUGCAGCCACUCAGAGGCACUCCAGCUUUCUGGGAGAAAACCAGAAAAGAUCUGUUUGCCAUGAUCAGAGCAUUGGGAAAUCCUACAUUUUUCCUCACUUUUUCAGCUGCUGAGUUCCGAUGGCCUGAAGUCAUUGAAGCAAUAAAGAGACAACAAGGUGAGGAGGUUGAUUUUGAGGCUCUUGAUUGGACUGCAAAGUCUGAGAUUCUGCGAUCUAAUCCUGUCACUUGCAUGCGUAUGUUUGAUAAGCGAGUGGAGGCGCUUUACAGAGACUUGCUGCUGUCAGAUGCUCAGCCUUUGGGGAGAGUGAUUGAUUUUUUCCACAGAGUGGAGUUUCAGCACAGAGGAAGCCCACACAUCCAUGGUCUGGUUUGGGUUGAGGGUGCUCCUGAGUUAGAGAAGUCAGAUGAUCAAACUGUGUGCGAUUUUGUUGACAAAUACAUCUCAGCACAACUUCCUGACCCUGACACACAACCUGAACUUUACCAGAAAGUCAAUGAACUUCAAAAGCACAGUAGGAACCACACGAGGUCUUGUUUCAAGAGUGUGAACUCUGGUUGUCGGUUUGGUUUUCCAAAGCCCCCUUGUACACGAACAAUGAUCUCCAGAGCCAUUGGGGAGGAGGAAGAGGAAGAUGACACUGAAAGUGCAAAGAACAAACUAAGACCUCUGAUGCUGCUGCUGAAUGAACCAGAAGUGGCGUCCAUGAGUUUAGAGCAGAUCCUUUCUCGAUGCGAGUUGACACUUGCGGAGUAUGAAGGUUGCCUUCACCGUAUGAGCAAAAAAACUGCAAUCUACCUGAAGCGCGAUCCCAAAGACUGCUGGAUAAAUGGGUACAACGCACAUCUGCUCAAAGCCUGGGACGCUAACAUCGAUGUGUCUUACAUACUGAAUGCUUACUCUUGUAUACAGUAUCUGACAAAAUACAUCACCAAGAAGGAAAGUGGUCUAUCAGAGUACCUAAAAACAGUCAUCGCCAGCUCAGACAUGGACAGAGUUAACGAGUGUGAUGAGAUGAGAGCUGUCAUGCAGGCUUAUUCAAAAAAGAGGGAGGUUAGUGCUCAGGAGUGUGUGGCUCGUGCAUGUGGACUAAAGAUGAGAAGGUGUUCCCGCAGUGUCGUCUUCAUCCCUACCGAUGACAAUCCUGUGGAAAUGAGUCGCCCCAUGUCAUUCUUGGAGGACAUGCCACCGGAUUCUAGCAAUGUCUGGAUGAGCAGUUUGAGUGAUAAAUACAAAGCCAGACCUGAGACAUCCGAGUAUGAGGAGAUGUGUUUAGCGGAUUUUGCAGCUACCUGCAGGUUUGUGAGUUCAGACAAGGUCAACACUGAUGGUGUCUUACCUCUUCUCAAUCAGCUUGGAUUUGUCCAGAGGCGGAAAAAUUAUAAGCCCUCCGUCAUCAGAUAUUACAACUGUUCAAAGGAAAAAGAUCCUGAGCAAUUUUAUGCCAGAUUACUGAGAGUGUACCUUCCUCACAGAUCUGAAUUUGAAAUUCGAAGCGUGCAUUUUCCAACCUAUGCAUCCUUUUACAACUCUGCCUAUGUCCAACUACCAGGUUCAAACAAUCCUGAGAGUGUGAGAAGCAUUGUUGAAAGAAACAGAGACAAAUAUGAGAAAAACACUGAGGAUAUUGAGAAAGCUCUCGAGGAGUUUGAGGAUAACAGAGAUCUUGUGAUCGAUGAAUGGUGUAAUCUUGCCCCUGAAUCCGAAGUUGUGAGGUUGCAGUGUGAUGAUGAACUUCAGCCGCCAGAGCCAGACAAUGAACAGGAAAAUGUACCAGACUUUUGUCCUCAGUCUGCUCCUACCACAGAAAUGAGAGCCUUUAAGGAACCCCCAGCUAUGGAUCCUGCUGUACUGAGACAGAUGUAUCAGAACCUGAACCAGAAGCAGGCCUGUGUGUUCUAUGCAAUCAGAGACUGGUGCAUUAAACUUGUGAAUGGUCAGAACCCCGAUGCUUUUCACCUAUUUGUGUCCGGAGGCGGAGGCGUGGGGAAGUCACAACUUAUCCGAUGCAUCUACUCAGAGGCCCGUAAGAUACUGAACAAGUUGCAGGUACUUUCAGAGGAGGCUGAUAUUUCUAGUCCAACUGUUUUGCUAACAGCUUUUACUGGAACUGCAGCUUUCAACAUCUGUGGAACAACACUUCACUCUUUACUGAAGCUCCCACGCAGUCUGAAGCCACCGAUUCAAGGACUUGGUAACCAGCUGGAUGAACUCAGGUCGGAACUUUUCAACGCCCAAAUCAUCAUUAUCGAUGAGAUCUCAAUGGUUUCUAAGCCCCUCUUUGCUUAUGUGGAUGCACGAAUGAAACAGAUCAAAGGUAAUCAGAGACCGUUUGGUGGGAUGUCCGUUUUGGCCGUCGGGGACUUCUUUCAGUUACCUCCUGUGCGACAGUCUAAGCCUCUCUGUGUGCACGAUCCGACUGACAUUGACCUUUGGCAGGAGCAUUUUCAGAUGGUCACUCUGACUGAGAUAAUGAGACAGAAAGAUGAUGUUGUCUUUGCAGAGAUGCUGAACAGGAUUCGAGUGAAAGAAAAGACUGAUGAGCUGUCCCAGGCUGACAGAGAUUUGUUGUCACAGCGCAUUACAGAACCAGCCCUUUGUCCCACUGAGGUACUGCAUAUUUUUCCAACUAAUAAGUUGGUUGACGAACACAACUCUGCAACACUGACUUUGUUACAUUCCAACAUAAUCACUAUUGAUGCAGAUGACUUUCAGAAAGAUCCACGUACAGGCAGAAUGGUACGGAGAGAAAAACCAUGUAAGGGAGGCAGAAAUGAUUUGGCUGACACUCUGAAAUUAGCCGAAAGCUCACGCGUUAUGCUUACUAGAAACAUUGAUGUACAAAAUGGUCUGGUUAAUGGUGCCUUUGGUACACUAACAUCUUUUGUCACUUCUGAGGGUGAUCAAAGCAUCUCUAAGCUGGGCCUGACAAUGGAUCAUCAGAAAGGUGUGACCAGAAACCAAAGUGGACCUGCAGAAACUGCCAAUCUGGUUUACGUCGAGAGAGCAGAGGAGAAUCUAAAGAACGGAGUGACGAUCUUCAUCUGGAUGGUUACAACAUGUUCAAACGCAACAGACAUGCAUCCUACACUAACUUUCCUCAGAUGGCCAGCAAAGGUGGUGGUGGGGUUGCUGUUUAUGUGAGAAACAACUUUCAGGUGCGUGAAAGACAGUAUUUGACCAAUGUGAUUGAUCUUGAGUAUGUUGCUUUGAAGGUUGAGGCUCCCUUCAGUGCAGUGAUUGCAGCUGUGUACAGACCACCUGACUACAGCCUAAAACCAUUCCUUCAAAAUCUGGUAAGCCUUCUGGAUGCCCUCGAGAUGUUAGACUGUCACCCUGUCAUUGUUUGUGGAGACUUUAAUGAAAACCAGUUAUCCAGGUCAUCAAAGCCAAUUUUGGAGCUGUUUCGGUCUCGAGGAUUUGUACAGUUGAUUUCUUCCCCCACGACAGAGAAACUCACACAACUUGAUUUGAUAUUCAUUUCUCAGCCACAGCAGUGUCUCCAUUCAGGUGUCAUGAGAACCUACUACAGUUACCACAACCCAGUGUUCUGUGUCCUGUCCGGCAGUGAACCAUGAAGAGGUCGUGAGUGUAAACAAACAUAAACAAUGUAAAGUAUGUUAAUCAGUUGCAUCCUUUUUUCAGACCAAAAAAAGUUUUAAACGGUGUGUUUGAUCCCGAGAUGUGAACCAUAGAAAUCUUAUAAGCAAAUCUGUUGACAUCAUGCCAGUGGUUUCAGAUAAUAAUGAAAACUAUAAAUGGUUUUUUGUGUAUAUUUACUUUUAGGUUGACAGCUGAGUUCUCUGUUUCAGUUGUUGUACUACUUACCCCAAAACAGAUCAUGUCUGCUUUUAUAAUGACUGAAUUUUGUUAUUCUAACUUUGGAAAAAUUCACCUCUGCAUUUGAUCUGUCCCCUUGGGGAGAGGUGGGCAAGGGCGAUGCCUAAACACUAGGCUGACACUGUCCCUUAUACGCCCUACCCAUUCCCCCACUUAUAUAUGAGUUUAAGAAAUCACUUCGUUUUCUUAUUCAAUACUUGGAUUAAAUUGAGGAUCUUGUUUUUUCCAAAACAUACAUUUAACCUAACAUUAAUAUGAACAAGAUAUUUUUAAUUAAUAAAUUUUCAGAUUUAUAAUUUUUUUGGAUUGAACUUUGACUUGUACAACUUUUAUCAGAUAAUUUGAUUUCAUACACAUUAAAGCACAUCAAGAAAACUAUUUAAAUAUGCGUAGAACAGAAAUACAUCUUUCUAAACAAGUCGUGGCCUGUGCAUUUAUCGGGGUGGGUCGGGUCAGGGUUGAUAAAUGCACAGGCCGCAAGUCUGAGCAGCUUUUAAAAACAUUGACCAAAGAGAGAUAUAAACUAGAUAUUUGGAUCUUGUGUCAACAUACCAAAGAGAACCUACCAAAGCUACCACAACCCAGUGUUCUGUCCAGUGAAACAUGAAGAGGCUGGUGAGUCUAAAAAACAAUCUAAAAAAAAUCUAAUACCUACAAAAUAGUUUUUAGAAGGUUUGAAUGAACAGUUUGAAGCACAAUAUUUGAAGUAUUCUUUCCAACUGCAUUUACCCCAAAACAGAUAAUGUCUGCAUUUAAUAGUAAAACUAAUAAUGGAAUUUUGUUAAUCUCACUUUGGAAAAAUUCAUCUCUGCAUUUGAUCUGUCCCCUUGGGGAGAAGUGGGCAAGGGCGAUGCCUAAACACUAGGCUGACACUGUCCCUUAUACGCCCUACCCAUUCCCCCACUUAUAUAUGAGUUUAAGAAAUCACUUUGUUUUCUUAUUCAAUACUUGGAUUAAAUUGAGGAUCUUGUUUUUCCCAAACAUACAUUUAACCUAACAU